CACCAAUUCCGACCGUCGACGACACUCCCUCAACGGACGGCGCGAAACAACAACGACGUGCAAGGGGAGGGAAGCGACGACGGACGAGCAACACCGGCAAGGCGUCCUACUAAAACUCCAGCUGGACAGGUUGAUUUCUGGAUUACUGCCGACUCUUCGGUUUCGAGAGUACGCAAAAGGUUCUAGACUUGCUUUUUGGUUUACUUCGUACCUCGGCGGACAGUAAAAUUGUACUGGUUCACUGCCAAAUUCGCCACGAUCUACCUGCCUGGGUUCAUCCUGUCAUUCUUUACCACUAUCUUUUCUUUUUCUUCUUUUUUCUUGUUCUUCUUCACAUUCUACUUCAGUUCCGUACCACCAUACUCUUGUACUGUAUUACCGUCGUCCUUUGUGCAUUAGAGUAUCAGGUCAGCCUAUCUCAGCGAGGUGGUUGAGUCGCCAUGGCUCCCCACGCGUCGGCCCUGCCAAACAUGGCAGCGGCCGCAUCCAUCGCCGGUAGUUUAGCCACCAGACGAGCAAUCUUCCUCCCUAACAGUGCCUCCCGAAUCAUCCGAAGCACGGCAUCAGAAAGCUUAAUAGCAAACUCGAUAAUACGAACCUACUCGGCACUGCAAAGUCCAAGCCGGCUCUUUCGCAAUGCUCCGCUUGGCGCGUCCACAGGCCGUCACAUCCAGGCCGCCUCCGGGUCAAAUCUACAGUUCCCGCACCAGAGGCUAUUCAUGAGCGGCAUUUCUAGGACUCUGCUUGCGCAAAGGGAAGAAACGGCGAACCGAAAUCCCUCCAGCGCAUCGGCUCAAAAUGCCUUCUAUCAGACGCUGCUCAAAGCAAACAUGCCUGCCAUUAUCGUGGAGCGCCACCAAUCCGGUCACUUUGCGAGCAACGAUGCCACGCGCGAGGUAUACAACCGCGCCCGUGCCAUGCUUGAAGGAAGCCAAGGGGCCUCAAACUCGGUGGCCGCCAAUGGCGAGUUUGUCGAGGACACAAGCAGGCUCAGAGCGGUCGGGCAAGCGGUAGCCGCAAGAUCCAUGGGAGGCAACAUUUCGUCCGCAAGAGAGACUGCGAAUGGGCCAAUUCGAGUCGUAGUCGACGAAUCGCGGGGGUCGCAGAUCUUCCGUUGGGUCAAAUUUGUGGCCUACUUCGCGUUCGUUGCCUACGUUUCCAUGGUUGUUUUGGGCAUCGUCUUCGACAUGUUUACGUCAGUAAACAAGAAGAUGUCGACGCAGAAGCACAUGGAGGUGAAGGCAGACAAGCAAAAGACACGAUUCAAGGAUGUCCACGGCUGCGAAGAGGCCAAGGAGGAACUCCAGGAUCUCGUCGAGUUCCUGAAGAACCCGGAUAAAUUCUCAUCCCUGGGUGGCAAACUCCCCAAAGGUGUGCUACUCGUCGGCCCUCCUGGAACUGGUAAAACGUUGCUGGCCAGGGCUGUCGCAGGCGAGGCUGGUGUACCGUUCUUCUACAUGUCCGGCAGCGAGUUCGAGGAGGUCUUCGUCGGUGUUGGUGCCCGCAGAGUGCGCGACCUCUUCACCGCUGCCAAGACUGCGUCUCCAGCCAUUGUGUUCAUCGACGAGCUUGAUGCCAUUGGUGGAAAGCGUAACGCAAAGGAUCCCAGCUACGCCAAGCAGACCCUGAACCAGCUUCUGACGGAGCUUGACGGCUUUGAGCAGGACAGUGGUGUUAUUGUCAUCGCCGCCACCAACUUCCCCCGUUCUUUGGACAAGGCUCUCACGCGUCCUGGUCGCUUCGAUCGUCACGUGCAGGUUGACCUACCCGACAUCAGAGGUCGAAUCGCAAUCCUCAAACAUCACGCCACCAAGAUCAAGGCUGACGACAACAUCGAUUACGAGGCUAUCGCUAGGAGCACUCCUGGCUUGUCUGGCGCGGAGCUUGAGAGCAUUGUCAAUCAGGCAGCCAUCCACGCCAGCAAGACCCGGAAAACUAUAGUCUCGACCAAGGAUUUUGACUGGGCCAAGGACAAGGUCAUCAUGGGCGCCGAGAGAAGGAGCAUGGUCAUCAGUCCGAAAGAGAAGGAAAUGACUGCCUACCACGAGGCGGGCCAUGCCCUCAUCACUCUUUAUACGCAAGACUCACCCAACAAGCUGUACAAAGUGACGAUUCUCCCCCGUGGCCCUUCUCUGGGCCAUACUGCUUACCUCCCGGAGAUGGACAAGUACUCUUACACUGUCAAAGAUUACAAGGCUCAGAUUGAUAGUCUCCUUGGCGGCAAGAUUGCUGAGCAACUGGCUUUUGGUGAUGACAUGGUCACCAGCGGUGUCUCCAACGAUCUCGAACGCGCCACGGACCUUGCAUACAGGAUGGUGUCCCGCUGGGGCAUGUCAGAGAGGCUGGGGCCGAUGGAGUACGGGCGCACGUUUGAGAACCUCAGCAGCUCGACCAAGGCAGUUAUAGAGGCAGAGGUAAAGACGAUACUGGAGGUUGCGCAGGAACGCGGCGCUAAGCUGCUGAAGGACAAGCGUGUUGAGCUUGACAGGCUUGCCAAAGCGCUUGUUCAGUACGAGACAUUGGAUGUCGAAGAGGUUAAGAAGGUGAUUCGUGGCGAGGACUUGGAAGGCCGCACCAAGGUGCCGGAGAACAGCAUCCUGGUAGUCCCAAAACCGGACUCUGACAAGCCAUUCUCGGGCGGAUCGGGGCCGCCAGCACCUCUGCCACCGGUCCCGGCGCCGGUUUAGCUAAUUAGCGAAUUUCUCGAUUUUAUUUGGGUGAACAUCACAAGUUUCUGGCGUUAUAUCUGAUCAGGGCACAGGCAACACUUGUCCAUCACUUUCCCCUCUCCGCUUCUUAAUCGAAACCCAACUAUAGCCUGUAGUAUCGUAUCAUCAGGGCAGAACUAGAAUUAGGUCAUAGGCGCGAUUGUCUAAGCACAUAAAAUGCACACAAUCAAGGGAUAAGUGCUGUACGAGAAGCUAUCCACUGUAUGUUCUAGCGAAAUCGUUUAUCAAGCUGAGACUGUCUCUGCAAGAUCUUUCUUCUGGCCCUUUUGGCUUGGUCUCAUAGUUCCAAAUUCGACUUGAACUGUGCAGUUGACCAUGAG